UCCAUUGAACUGAUAUAUUCCUGGUGGUGUUGGACAAUAUAAGUUUAAUAAAUCAACAAGGAAGUCGCAUAAAUUGAUUUUCUCAUCAACAAAAGUUGAGGAGGAAGAGAUGUUAGUGGCUGAGCUCAAAAAGAUUGAGUUGAGGAAGAAGGAGAGAGAAAAGAAGCAGCAAGACCUACAGAAGCUAAUCACUGCAGCAGAACAGAAUGUUGAAAGUCGAAAGACUCAGAAGAGAUCAAACCCAAAGAAGACCAAGUCAGGAGGUGGAGGGAUGGGCAGUAGCGUAUCUACUCCUAAACUGCCUUCUGAAGCAGCUCUCGUGUUUAAAACGUACGAUAAAUCAAGUGGUGCCUCCUUGAGGAGCAGUAAAAUAAAGUUUCCUCUUACUUUGGGACAGAAGAAGACGAAAACUAUUGAGCAAGUGCUAGAAGAACUAUCAGUUGAAUUACGUCCAAUGCCAACUGAGCAAGUAUGUCUACAAUUCAAUGAAUUAAGGAACGAUAUUUUGCUGUUAUUGGAGCUAAAAGCUGCAUCAGAUGUGUGUGACUUUGAAUUACAAUCACUUAAACACAGAGAUGAAGCAUUACCUUUUGAGAGACAACUAAAGACUCCUUCAGUCGACAGUGGCACACCAUCUCAAAAGAAAUCAAGUUUACAGUUCAUGGAGGUUGUUAGUCAAGCUGCUCAAGGGCGAAAGAGAAGAACAACAGUACUUGAGUCUGCUCUUAAGAAAAGAAAAGUGUGACUUUCUCAUUUUUUAAUUCUAGCAUAGUAAAAAUGUAAAUGAUUGCAGGUGACUAGAAAUUGCAUGAUUAUAAUAAUUGGUAUUGUUUUUGUGAUUAUUUUUAAGGUUACUUGCUGAUGCAGCGCUAGCUUUUUAAUAGUCA